GGACCGCAAACUAGUCCAGUGCUCUGAUUCGCUGCCGGUUGCUGGAAGUCAAGUGGCGGCUUCUUGCAGUUGUCAUCUUGCACUUGCGGAUCGAAGUCCUGGUGACUGAACGGAUCAGGAAAAGAAUUGCGUUCACAGAGAUUCGACUUUUUUUACGGUUCUGAGCGCCUCGUCUCGAUUGCCGAAUUGUAGGAACUUCGGGGAACUCUCCCCCUGCUUGAUCGGAUGUCUGAUGUGCUGGUCGCUGAGGAGCUCUUAUAGUCGUGGCUUGAAGAGCCAAAUUUUGGCCCCUCGAAUCGCUGUGUCAGAAGUGGCGCCUUCGAAGAAAUUGAGGAAAGUGGGUGGAUUCUGAGCGCUUGGUCGUCACGGACAGGAUGCGUGCUUCAGCUCCCACCGCUGGGCAGCUUGUUGAUCGAUGGGAUGUGCUUAUGGCCGCUAUAGCAGGACUUCACAUCGUUCUGACUCCCUACACUAAAGUCGAGGAAAGCUUCAACAUCCAGGCCAUGCAUGAUAUCUUGUUUCACCAGGAAAAUCUGCAUCAGUAUGAUCAUCUUGAGUUUCCAGGCGUAGUACCACGGACUUUUCUAGGUGCCAUUUUCGUUUCUAUGGUGGCUUAUCCUUUCGUGUUCGCGAUGAAACUGUUGGGCAUUCCCAAGCUUUAUGCUCUUUUCACAGUAAGAUUUGUUUUGGGAGCAUUGGUUCUUGGAACUCUUCAUCAUCUAAGACAAGAAGUCUCGAGACAGUUUGGAGUGCCAACCUCCAAAUUUUUUGCAAUAUUGACUAUUGUUCAGUUUCAUCUCUUGUUUUACUGCUCUCGCCCCCUGCCGAAUACUUUCGCAUUGGCUUUGGUGAAUCUGGCAUUUACCAGCUGGUUGAGCGGAUCCCCGGAAUCAACUUUGAGGUACCUGGUGGUGGCUGCGGCGGUUUUCCGAUGUGACAUGAUAUUACUCUUGGCUCCCGUAGGAGCAACACUUCUUUUGGCGAGGUCAAUAUCCUUUUGGAAUGCAGUGAAAUGCUGUGCAAUAACUGCCAUCUUAAGCAUUGGUUUGUCCGUCGCAGUAGAUUCGAUCUUCUGGCAGCGUCGGGUUUGGCCGGAAUUUGAAGUUUUGUGGUUUAACUCGGUGCUAAAUCGGAGCUCGGAAUGGGGUACGUCACCGUUCCAUUGGUACUUCACUUCAGCACUUCCAAGAGCGAUGAUGGCGGGACUACCUCUGGCUUUGUUAGGUGUGCUUUUGGAACGGAGGACAGCAAAGUUUGUGCUCCCUGUUUUGAUCUUCAUCACCUUGUACUCUAAGUUGCCGCACAAGGAACUUCGAUUCAUACUAGUGGGCGUGCCCGUUCUUAAUAUUGCCGGUGCAACUGCGAUGGCACGAAUAUACAACAAUCGCUGGAAGCCAGGUUUUAUCUGGAGAACUUUUUAUUCUCUUGCACUUGUUAUGUUAAUGGCGAGUUUCGGCGUCUCAAUGGUGAUAGCUGCUGCCUCGCAUGCCAAUUAUCCUGGAGGCCAUGCUCUCCGUGUCCUCCAUUCCAAAGAAGCGGUUGCAAGUGAAGUCUCCGAAGGAUUCGUGCACAUUGAUGUCCUUACAGCAAUGACGGGCGUUUCUCGUUUUUGUGAAGUCCCUCACUGGAGGUAUUCUAAGGAGGAGGGGCUUUUUUUGGAGGAUUAUUCCUUAAGGAACUUCACACAUCUGUUGAAUGAGAAAGACAGCAUUCCAGGAUUUCUUUGUCUUCAGGCAAUACCGGGGUUCUCCAGACUGAGGCUUCAAAAGACCUUCCCCCAACUUCUUGUGGUGACGGAACCAAAAGUUUUCGUUCACAGGGCUGAGUAUCUCGACGACGCUGACACGGGAGAGUGGCCUGGUUGUGAUGCGUGGAGUGGAACGGGUUGGUUUGGGUGAAAACCUUAAUAGUCUCACAGUUGAGCAUACGUAGGUCAUCUAAUUUUGUUCGUGUGGUUGCUGACGUCAGAGUCGAGUGCUUCCAUCUCCUACCUUAUACUUACUUUUGAUAGUGUAACAUCCAGCCUUUGGCGCGAUCCCACAUAUUCACAGUAAAGCUGACUGUCGAUGAGCGAUAUUUUACAAAUCA